GGGGAGCAUGCAGACAGUUGGUUCAGAGAAACUCUUCGAAGCCUAAGGACAACACCUUACCGCUACUGCCACUCUGCAUCCACAAGAGACCAAGAUUCAAAAGAAACAAAUACAGGCCGUGCCCUACUCCACAUACCCUACACUUCCGGGCCUCCACCCUCUUCCCGUCCCUAUUGCCCGUCUGUCCCUCCCUCCCUCUGUAGUGAGUCAUGAAGUGGUCCCUGUGGAGCCUACUGCUGCUGGUGGUGCGUCUGUGUUCCCCAGGACGAAGUGACUGCCAGGGUGACUGCCUGGCCUGUGGUCUCCUACUACCCCUACCCAACCCCCAGACCCAGCAGCAAACAUUCAACACACUGGUGUGCCUGUUGGAGUGUGAGGGUCACGUCUCUACUGCCCUCACCUGGGAGCUGUGUCAGCGAGCCAUCCUACCGCACUACCUCCUCCCACCAGAUGGCGGUGCUGUGUCUAAGAGAGCAGCAGAGGAGCUGAACCUGGGCCCUGUACACCUGGAGUCUGAUGGACAACUCCUCUACUCUGCAGCCAUGGAGCACUACCAGCAGGACAGAGAGGACCAGGAAGACAGGGCCCUAGAGCAACGUGAUGCCCAGUACGACUCCUCCCCACUGGGCUCGAACGAGGAGGAAGACUCCCUGGAUGAGGAGGAGGAGGCCACGGUCCAGCUGACCAAGCGUUUCGGGGGCUUCCUGAAAGGUCACCAUGGUUAUAGGAAGUUUAUUGGUGGGCCGGUGGGGCGGCCACUGCAGAAACGCCUAGGAGGGUUCAUCGGGAUCAGGAAGUCGGCCAGGAAGUGGAACAACCAGAAGAGGGUGAGCCAGCUCCUCCGGCAGUACCUGGGGAUGACCAGCAGCAGCAUCCCUGGCCGCGGUGUUGGUCGGUUCAAUAACCCAGGCCAGGGAUUCAGGAGGCUACCCAGCCGGCUGUAG